GCGAUGGAGGGCCGAGUGCAGCUGAUUAAGGCCCUCUUGGCAUUACCCCUCAGGCACCGGAGGCGUCGGUGGAGGAACCCGAUUCCCUUCCCCGAGACGUUCGACGGCGACACCGACCGGCUCCCGGAGUUUAUCGUGCAGACGGGCGCCUACAUGUUGGUGGACGACACCCUGUUCUCCAGCGAUGCCCUGAAGGUGACGUUCCUCAUCACCCGCCUCACGGGGCCUGCCCUGCAGUGGGUGAUCCCCUACAUCAGGAAGGAGAGCCCCCUGCUCAAUGAUUACCGGGGCUUCCUGGCCGAGAUGAAGCGGGUCUUUGGAUGGGUGGAGGACGAGGACUUCUAGGCCAGGAGACCCUCGGGCCUGGGGACAGGUGCUCUCGGGGGAGGGUCCCCGCGCCGGUGGCUGCCGCCCAGACCGCCACAGGCGUCCUCCCUCCGCGCCUCCCCGUCCCCGUGUUCCAGUGGCGGUGAUCUCCCCCGCGCUCCUGUUCCCUCCCGCGUAGUGCUUGCCUUUGUUCCAGGAAUAGCGCCCCAGGUUCCUGCUGCAGCUGGGCCUGGCUCCGGAGCGCGCCGCCGCCCUCUCCCGCCAGCCCGGCCCCUCCCGCGCGGACUUGGACUCUGUCCUGGGCUCCAGCUGCGAGCUGGGCUCCCGUUACACACUGGAUAAACCUCCUCAGCCUGUUGGCUGCCAAUGUCUCCCUGCCAGGCUAGCAGGCCUGCUUUGAUAUGCCUGGAUACCAGCGCUGUGGCUGCCAUCACCAUCCAUGGCCUCCCACUGACAGACUGCAGCCUCCAGCGAUCUCAUCUCACUCAGGAGGUAUCUGAGCUGGCCACACCCCCUGGACAGUGAUUCCAGCAGUUCAUCAUGCUCCUGAAGGGUCUGGCCAGCCUUUCACCUUCAUCUGGAGCCAUUCCCUCCCUACUCCCAUAGCUCCUGCUCCUUCCAGAAAGCUGCCAGAUCUCAAGGGUGCUUGGCAGCCAAGUUGAGUCACUUACUUUCUCCUGUGGAACUAUUAGUUUUGCCCAGAAUGCACUUCUCUUCUGAAUUUGCAGUAUUCCCUUAAUUAUGUGCUUGUUGGUCUACGAAAUAACUCGUAGAUUCUAUCAUAUUCCUCAACACUAUCGGGACAAAAGUUUUUUGUUUUGUUUUUUUCAAUAAAUGUGAAACACUAUUAAAAAAUAGUCUCAAUAAGUAAGGCACUACUUCUUUCCUAUUCCUAUAAAUGUGGUCCAUUUCUUGUCCAGAAAAGAUAUCCUUUACCAUUCUAUGGUGAUGUUAGAGAAACUCUCUGUUGACCCUUGCUAACAAAACAUCAAAUUGGAAGCCUGAGUUGGUCCUGAUGAUAGAGACCCCACUGAUGACUGUUUAAUCCAGUCAAGAUUGUUCCAAACCUCUUAUGAAUUGGAUCUUUAUUUUUUCCAAGGCAAUGCGAAUAGUCAGCCUGGUGGCUUCUCUGAGAAGGUUUUCUCAUUUCCAAAAAAGUGGUUCGAAAGCACCCAAAUUGUCCUAACCAUAAAUCCUACAUUGAUGGUGAACAAUACCUAAGUUUUAUACUGCAAUUUUUCAGGGAACCAGCAAAAUGACAUAGGUACUUAUUUAAAAAAAAACACACAAACAAACAAACAUGUAUGGAACUUUCAUUAUGUAAGUAGUAAGGAUGGGGAAAAGCAUGAAGAAAUGAGAUUGUUUAGGAACUAGCCUGGUUUUUUACCUGUAGGAGAAUAAAAGCGUACACUUCCCUAA